AUGUCGACCCUAUCUCCCCAAUUCAUUCGCGAUGAUUCGCCCGCCAACAUGAUGCUCCAUGACGCGAACCUAUCCGAUCCUUAUCUGUCCGCCACUUUGGACCCGGAGGAAGCCUCCUUCAAGGCCAUCAGGUUCACCCCGACGAACGGUGAUGAGCACGUCUCGUCCCCCAUGGACCUCCAUGCCCCUGGCGACUACAGCCAGGAGGACCACCACCACCCCGCCUCGUAUUCCGAUUUCCUGAGCCCCGUGGAUGAUUUCUCCAGUGAUCUGAGUGCCCACACUUCCCCAAGCGCCGCCUAUCUCCCCGUCGGCUUUAACGCGGAUCUGCCGCCCGACUCCCAUGCCUGGCAGCAAGACAUGCACACGGUCAUCUCGGACACCAGCGAGUUGACGUCCUCGCAGGCGACCAAGAACCCAUCCCAGCUGCUGACCCCCAAUCUCACCAACAACCCGACCCCCUCUCCCGACGUGUCGGCCACGAAAAAACCAAAUCACUUCGGCGCCGGACCCAACCCUCCCCGGUCGCUCUGGUUGAACACCAGUUCUGCCAUGGACAGUCUGAGUGUCCACGAUGCCCCGGACUCGGCCCGAGCGCGGAGUCCCAUCGUCAAGGUGGAAAGCUAUUCUCGAGGCGACUCGCCCGUCCGGGAUACUUUCUACACGAGACGACGGCCCAGCCAGUCCACGCAUCUGUCCCCUGGCGGUGCAGCCAGCGAAUUGGAGGACGAAGGUAUGGAGGACACCCACGGCUUCAGCUUUGCUCCUUCCGUCUCACGGACAUACGACGGGUCGUGGGUGCCCAACGCAUCGACCGGCCAGGCCGGCGUCGACCCUGUUUCGCGCGACGACACGUACGUUCCGAGCCCGAACCAGAUGGAUCUGAGGCGCCAGCUGGACGAAAAGAACGCCGACAUUCGCUCCUGGUCGGCCUCCGUAAGCGUGGCCAAUAGCGAGGCGGGAGACGACGUUCCCUCGCAUCGCGGCCGCCGAGGCCCCACGGGCACCAGGCGUCGAGCCAAAAGCGCCGGCGAUCCCUCGUCCCAGCAGGACUACUUCAAUCUGAAAUCGGCAUGUAUCCCGGGGCCAGGGAUUCUCGUCCAUGAGAUCAGCGAUGACGAAUACAGCGAAUACGAAUCGAUGAUCGAAGGGAGCGGAUCGGACUCCCCCGCGGUGCCUGUGGACGAAGCGCGGUGGAUUGAAGAUGACCCCGAAAGCCCGUCCGUCCUCGAGCAACAACUGUCGCAGGAGGAGGAGCCAUCUCCCCACCAGUUCCUGGGUGCCCCUCCGUGGCGGGACGCCUCGCACGAUCCCACCCCGCGAAACGCUCGCUUGCAACCCCAGAGCUCCACUGCGGCCAUCGUGGAGUUUCAGCGGCGGGCCCGGGAUAUUGACACGGCUUCGCGCUCGGCAACCUGGGGCACGCGGCCCUUGAGCGAGGCCGAGGUGAACAGUAUCGUCGGCGCUGGUGGCUCGUUUGAGAACUUGUCAAUCGACGGUGAGAAAGGCAAGAAACAUCAGCGACGAAGUAGCCUUCGCAAACUUCUGCAACGGAAGCCGUCCAACACUCUCAAACGGCAUCUGUCAGACCUUUCCCUCGCGCUCCCCAACCCCGAUGGCGCCGGCAAAGGCGACGAGCAUAAAAGUCCCCAGAGAAAGGACAGUUUCCCGCAUCGGAAGCUAAGCCUUGGACGUUCUCGGUCGCCCAGCCUCAGCACCGGGGGUGCCGUCAUUGCCAUAGCGGGCCAGAUGGCAGCGAUCGGGGGCAAGGACUCCAUGCGGGUGGCGUCGCCCAGCUCGUCACACAACCCCUGGUCCUCUCUCAAGGCCCGGGGAAGGAGCAGGAGUGAGAUCCCUCGAGCGUCGGCCCCGGGACUGAUGGACUUGAUGACAAGCCAUGGCGGGCCCCCGGUCGCCAAUAUUGCAUACUCGGCCCAGCCCAGCAGCCGCGGUGCGUCGCAGACCAGACCGGCGCAAGAGCCCGUAGACGAUGACGACGACGACGAUGACGUCGCGGAUGAGAAAGCGUUGGUGAUGGAAUUCCCCGUUCAGGCGCGUCUGCCGGUGCCCACGCUGGAUGGAUUUAGAACCCAGAUCUCGCAGCUGAAUCCCCGGCUCCAGCCGGCAUUGAUCGAGCGGUUUGCCAACGAGCAACUUCGCCGGUACAAGAAGCUGGUGGAAAGCAAACUCAGCCAUAGCCGUGCCAUUCAGCAGCACAAGUGUGCCUCGGGUAAAUACUGCUUCGCCCAGGGCGGCGAGGCCACCCUCUUGGCGCCACGCGCCAGUCCCCAGGACCCGGACGCGGCGCACACCCAGUUCCAGAUUCCCGGGCAUGGCGAGACCGACGAGGACCCCCAGGCCCUCGGGGAAGGGGCCGUCACCGCAGCCCAAUUCCCCUCGGGCGUGCCAUUGCCCCCGGUGAAGCGCCUGCCGGCCGAAUUCGAGUGUCCGGUGUGCUUCCAGGUGAAGAAGUUCCAGAAACCGUCGGAUUGGACGAAACACGUCCACGAGGAUGUGCAGCCGUUUACCUGCACAUUCCCCCACUGUACGGAUCCCAAAUCCUUCAAGAGGAAGGCUGACUGGGUCCGACACGAGAGCGAGCGGCAUCGAAAACUGGAGUGGUGGACUUGCACCGUCCCCGAUUGCCACCACACGUGUUAUCGAAAGGACAAUUUUGUGCAGCAUCUGGUGCGGGAGCACAAGAUGCCCGAGCCCAAGAUCAAGAAGACCAAGUCCAAGGGGAAAGGGGGUGCCGAUGCCCAGGAGGAACAGAACCGCGAGCGGGAGAUCGAGCAGCUCUGGGACCUGGUGGAACGGUGCCGCCACGAUACCCCGAAGGCGCCCAAGGAGGAGCCGUGUCGGUUCUGCGGCAACAUCUGCAGCAGCUGGAAAAAGUUAACGGUGCAUUUGGCCAAGCACAUGGAGCAGAUUGCGAUGCCUGUCUUGGGGCUCGUCAAUGAACGCGAUCUCUCGGCCAACCCAGGUCUGAUCUUACCGGGCAAGACCGAUCUGCCCACCACCAACUUUGCUCCCAAUCUCGGCGGGACCAGCGCCGACGUUUCGAUGAAUUUCACGCAAGCACCGUACCCUGCCGGGACGGAGAACGGGGCGCUGGCGGUCCCUUUCACCCCGACCUUCGUUCCCAGCCUGACCAACGGGUUCCUCUCUGCUGAGCCGGAGCCGAUGGACGCGUACGAGGAUGUGCCGACCACAUACGGGGCGCCACCGGUGGGACUGGCGCCAGGGGGGCACUUGGACCAGUCGCGAUUCGUGCCCGCGCAUCAGAAUUCGGUGACAUAUCCCCCUCCGUUCAACGCGGGCCCGCGACCGAGAGCCUCCAACCCCAACCUGAGCGUUCUGCCCGAAUCCUACCAGGUCUCCAUGUCUCCCACGGAGAUGCAUCCAACAUAUAACCCCCCGCAGGGACCGCCGUACAUGUCAUCUGUAGCAGCCAGUGGCUAUCCCAACCAGGGUCCCUUGGUCCAGAACAUGGGCUUUGAACCUUCGGGGGGAUAUCCAGCCCAGCAGCUCUGA